AUGCUCCUUCCUCCAGUUUCAGAAUUUAUUGCCGGUGCUCUUAGAACUGACAGUAGUUGCAGUGAUAUCACUCCAAAGUCACAAUAUUGCUCUGAUGACAUUUUCGAUUCCAUUAGUGAGGGAACGAAUCUGCCUCCUAGUUCGCGUGCUAAUAGCUCCAUAUCUGAUACUAUAGAAAUGAAAAUGGAUUCAAAUCGGGUGUCAAAUAUACCCCUGGCAGCAGUUCAUAAUCCUCAUAUACAAAAUGCCUUGUUAGAGAACCAGCAUUUACCAAUUCAACAUCACUUCCAAAAUCGAUAUCUUCCCCACUCACUUCCUAUUCAAGGAAGCCAAAGUAUACAGCACAGCCAACAACCACUAUAUGUACAUCCUAACCAACAAGGGUUUCAGCAAUUUUAUAAUUUGCAGACAGUAGUCAAUGGGGUAUACCCGAACCAGGUCAACGGCAUGUACUGUAAUAUGGUUCAAGUUAUGCCUGGAGCUAUACCCGGUCCCUAUAUUCUUAUGGCGAAUAGUCCCUCGGGCUCGAUUCAAGAAGUAGCUCCUGACUUCCGUAGAUAUCCAGUCACUACUUUGGAAAGUCCAUAUGAUUUUCGUAAUCCAUUUCACGUUAAUCUGCCAUAUCAGACGCGGUCAAACGAAGCGCCUUAUUCACACCAGCAAGACAGAGUAAUACGAAGGAAAAAGAUAAUGCAUACUAGAACCAGGACAGGCUGUCUUACGUGUAAGAGGAGGAGAGUGAAAUGCGAUGAAGGGAAGCCAGGUUGUAACAACUGCCUAAAGUCAAAUAGAAAAUGUGAUGGGUAUGCAGAAAAUGCGCUGAGAAAUAAAAAGAGGAACCAACAAAUUAGUAGUAAGGAAAUAAUACAACGGUCAUAG